CCAUUUUCUUGUGUAUUCUGCCGCUGUGUGGGCCUGGGCUAUGCGGCAUUGCAGAUCUUCCAUCAGAGCUCCAACAUGCCCGCAGAGUCUGGAAAGAGAUUCAAACCUAGCAAGUAUGUCCCGGUCUCAGCAGCUGCCAUCUUCCUAGUGGGAGCCACGACGCUCUUCUUCGCCUUUACGUGCCCAGGACUCAGCCUGUAUGUGUCACCUGCAGUGCCCAUCUACAAUGCCAUUGUUUUUCUCUUUGUGCUGGCCAAUUUCAGUAUGGCCACCUUCAUGGACCCAGGCAUUUUUCCUCGAGCUGAGGAAGAUGAGGACAAGGAAGAUGACUUCCGAGCUCCCCUUUACAAAACAGUGGAGAUCAAGGGAAUCCAGGUGCGCAUGAAGUGGUGUGCCACCUGCCGCUUCUACCGUCCUCCUCGGUGUUCCCACUGCAGUGUCUGUGACAACUGUGUGGAGGAAUUUGAUCAUCAUUGUCCCUGGGUGAACAACUGUAUUGGUCGCCGGAACUACCGUUACUUCUUCCUCUUCCUCCUUUCCCUCACAGCCCACAUUAUGGGGGUAUUCGGCUUUGGCCUCCUCUUUGUCCUCUAUCACAUGGAGGAACUCUCAGGGGUCCGCACGGCUGUCACAAUGGCAGUGAUGUGUGUGGCUGGCUUGUUCUUCAUUCCUGUAGCUGGCCUCACGGGAUUUCACGUGGUGCUGGUGGCUAGGGGACGCACAACCAAUGAACAGGUUACGGGUAAAUUCCGAGGCGGUGUGAACCCUUUCACCAAUGGCUGCUGUAACAACGUCAGCCGCGUGCUCUGCAGUUCCCCAGCCCCCAGGUAUUUGGGGAGACCAAAGAAAGAGAAGACGAUUGUAAUCCGACCUCCCUUCCUCAGACCUGAAGUGUCAGAUGGGCAGAUAACUGUGAAGGUCAUGGACAAUGGCAUCCAGGGAGAGCUGAGGAGAACGAAGUCUAAGGGAAGCUUGGAGAUAACGGAAAGCCAGUCAGCAGAUGCUGAGCCUCCCCCUCCCCCGAAGCCAGACCUGAGCCGUUACCCAGGGCUACGAACACACCUCAGCCUGGCUGCUACCGAAGACAGCAGCCUCUUGGGCAAGGACAGCCCCCCUACACCUACCAUGUACAAGUACCGACCAGGCUACAGUAGCAGCAGCACAUCAGCCGCCAUCCCACCUCAGUAUGGUGCCGGGUAG